UUCUCCGAGCUCGUGCAGCCGGAACGGGAGGGUGUGCGAGGCGAGAAGGAUGGGGAGAUCCGAGAGGGUUCCUGCGUGGCGCCAAGACGCGGUUGUGGGCGACGUUGCUCCGCUGUAGGGAAGAGGCCCGCGGACCCCGGCGGGACCCUUGGCUGUUCUUCUGGAGAGACUGGCUCUGCCUUCAGAGAUUUCUACAUUUUUCCAAGGGAGACCAGAAAAAUAUGAAGAAGUCCUGUGAAUCCUUAUCAUUUGCGGAUGUGACUGUGGGCUUUACCCAGGAGGACUGACAGCAUCUGGACCCUGCUCAGAGGACCCUGUACAGGGAGGUGAUGCUGGAGAACUAUAGCCACCUUGUCUCAGUGGGGUGUUGCAUCCCUAAACCAGAAGUUGUCCUGAAGUUGGAGCAAGGAGAGCAGCCAUGGAUGCUAGAGGAAGAGUCCCCAGGUCAGAGCUACCCAGAAGUCUGCAAAGUUGAUAGCCAAGCAGAAGAGACUCGAGAAACCCAGGACAGACGUUUCUGGCAAGCUCCAUUUAUCAACAACAAAACACUGACUGUGCACAGAGGUAAUGUAUUAGGAAGCAUUUUUAAUUUCAGCACAGACACAGUUCCUUCCAUAAAAAUACCGUGUAGGUGUGACUCAUGUGGUAUGAAUUUGAAAUGUGUUUCAGAAUUAAUUAUUAGUAAGAAAAACUAUUUAAGUAAGAAGGCUGUUGGCCUCAAUACAUACGGGAAAUUGUUCCUUCAUAUUAACCAUGAACAAACUCAAAUGGGAAAGAAACCUUGUGAAUUCAUUCAAAAUGGAAAAUACCUCAGUCAUAAUGAAGAUUUAAUCCCGUAUCAGAGAACUAAAAAUAUAGAGCAAUCCUUUAUUCAAAGCAAUAAGGAAUACAAGGAAUGUGGGAAAGCUUUCCAUGAGAUGGCAGUUGUCAUCCCAUAUAACCAAGCUUACAUAGGACAGAGCCCUUGUGAACAUAAUGAAUGGGAUAAAACAUUCUGUAGUAAUUCAACCCUCAUGGUCAGUAAGAUGGCACAAAGAACAGAAAAUCAUUAUGAGUUUCAAGAAUAUGUUAAAACUUUUGAGAAAUCAUCUCUCUUGGAACACAGAGUUCAUUUAGAGGUGAAAGGUUAGGAGUAUAUUGAAAGAGUGGAUAAUUUCAAUGGGAGAUCAGACUUUCUUGGCACAGGAGAGAGAAUAUUUGAAUAUAACAACUUGGGAGAACCCUUUUGGGAGAAGUCAGUUCUUAAUGUAACUCAGAGAACACACAUAGGAGACAAAGUCUAUGAAUGUAAUGAAUGUGGAAAAACAUUCUGCAAAAAGUCAAAACUCACCAAACAUCAGAAAAUACAUACAAAAGAGAAACCCUAUGAAUGUAAGGAAUGUGGGAAAUGCUUCUCUCGCAAAUCUCUCCUCACUUUACAUCAGCGAGUCCACACAGGAGAGAAACCUUAUGAAUGUAAGGAGUGUGGGAAAUGCUUCUUUAGAAGUUCAUACCUCAUAAUUCAUCAGAGAACUCACACAGGAGAGAAACCCUAUGAAUGUAAACAGUGUAGAAAAAGCUUCUACCAUAAGUCAUAUCUCACAGUACACCAAUGAAUUCACACAGGGGAGAAGCCAUAUGAAUGUAAUCAAUGUGGAAAAACCUUCGUAAGUAACUCAGUCCUCACAAUACAUCAGAAAACACACACAGGCAAGAAAACCUAUGAGUGUAAUCAGUGUGGGAAAUUCUUCUCUAGAAACUCCUACCUUAGAGUACAUCUGAGAACUCACACAGGGGAGAAGUCCUAUGAAUGUGAGAUAUGCGGGAAAGCCUUUUGUCACAAGUCAGAUGUCACUAAACAUGAGAAAACUCAUGUAGGGGGAAAGCCUUAUGGAUGUAAUCAGUGCGGGAAAACCUUUAGUCGCAACUCUGGUCUAAAAGUACAUAAGAGAACUCACACGAAGGAGAAGCCGUAUGACUGUAGUGAGUGUGGGAAAUCCUUCUCUGAGAAAUCAGUCCUCACAGUACAUCAGAGGAUACACACGGGAAAACCGUGUAAGUGUAAUAAAUGUGGAAAAACCUUCUACAAUAAAUCAGACCUCACUAAACACCACAGAACUCACACAGGUGAGAAACCCUAUGAAUGUAAAGAAUGUGGGAAGUUCUUCUCUAGGAAUUCAUACCUGACAGUAUACCAGAGAAAUCACACAGGAAAGAAACCCUAUGUGUGUAAAAAAUGUGGGAAGACCUUUUGCCGUAAGUCAGACUUUACAAUACAUAAACAAACACACAGAGGGGAGAAAUCAUACCACUGUACUCAGUGUGGGAAAACCUUCACUUGCAGCUCAGUCCUCAGAUCACAUCAGAGAACUCACACAGGUGAGAAGCCCUAUGGAUGUAAUCAGUGUGGGAAGUCAUUUUCUGAGAAAUCAGUUCUCACAGUACAUCAGAGAAUACACACAGGGGAGAAACCUUAUAAGUGUAAUGCAUGUGGGAAGUCCUUCUAUCAUAAGUCCGAUCUCACUAAGCAUCAGAGAACACAUACAGGAGAGAAACCCUAUGAAUGUAAUCAUUGUGGGAAAACCUUCAGUUGCAACUCAGGCCUCGAAGUAUAUCGGAGAAGACACAUAAGAGAGAAACCCUAUGAAUGUAUUGAGAGUGAGAAAACCUCCAAGAAAUCAGUUAUCACAGUACAUCCAAGGUUACACACAGGGGAAAAAAUUUAUAAAUACAGCAGUGAGAGGAAUCUUUUCUCUUGUGAUUCAUACCUCAAAAUACCACAGAAAAUUCACAAAGGACAUGACCCCUAUGAAUGUAAAGAAUGGUUGGAAGUAAUGUAG